GUGAAAAUCAUAAAGAAAAUUCGUUGCUUUCACGAAGUAACCAUGAAUGCUUAUUUAAUUAUUAUUAAGAAAAAAUAUUAAAUAAACAAAUUAAAGAAAGCUCACAGCAAAUCACAUGCAAGACAAUUUUUUAUAUGAAAGUUUACGGUAUAUAAAAUCGAAAAUCCUAAACGCAGGCCACAUACGAGUACUUAAGUUGUAAAAAGUGCUAAUAAAACCACGCGAAAAAAUCCAAUAUGGCUUGGUUUUCAUUGUGAGAUUUUCCUGCUAAACUACAAAAGUCGAGAAAAGAAGCCAAAAAUCAGCUUUAUGAGCAGCUCAAAACGGCAGCAAAUAAUGAUUCAACUUCAAUGUCUUCAUUCCACGUCUAUGUUUUGUUUGGACUUUGUCAAAAAAGUAACAAGCUGAUGGCGCCGUGGUGUUUAAUCGGAGCACUAAUAUUUCUAUCAACAACGGCCGGAGAUAUUAUUGGAUCGCAAAGAAGCGGCAGCAGCACUGGAAAUGGAAAGUAUGACAAUGAAAAUGGCGGAUAUACCACAGCAGCCGUUAAUGUGGUUCUGGGUGGCGGUCGUGUUAACGGCAGUUCGAGUGGGAGUGGCAGUGGAGAAGGCACAACUGUGGUCAGUGGCAAUGGUGUGAUAGUGGCAGGUGGUAGUGGACUUUCGUCUAUGUUAAAUACUGUUGUUGAAGAGCCCGAAUUUACUGAAUACAUCGAAAACAUAACUGUACCUGCUGGACGAAAUGUUAAACUGGGUUGUUCUGUGAAGAAUCUUGGAUCAUAUAAGGUUGCCUGGAUGCAUUUCGAACAAUCUGCUAUCCUAACAGUACAUAAUCACGUGAUCACACGUAACCCGCGUAUCAGUGUAACGCAUGAUAAACAUGACCGUCAUCGGACAUGGUAUUUACAUAUAAACAACGUUCACCAAGAAGACAAGGGCCGGUAUAUGUGUCAGAUCAAUACAGUGACAGCGAAGACGCAAUUUGGUUACCUAAAUGUGGUGGUGCCACCCAACAUCGAUGACUCACUUAGCUCCAGUGAUGUUAUUGUGCGUGAGGGUUCGAAUAUCUCCUUACGCUGUCGAGCGACAGGUAGUCCAAGGCCGAUCAUAAAAUGGAAGAGAGAUGACAAUUCAAGAAUCACAAUCAAUAAAAACCAUAUAGUGAACGAAUGGGAGGGAGAUACACUGGAGAUUACACGAAUAUCCCGCCUGGAUAUGGGUGCCUACCUAUGCAUAGCAUCGAAUGGAGUGCCACCAAGCGUGUCCAAGCGCAUAAAAGUCAGUGUGGAUUUUCCUCCAAUGCUUUUAAUACCACAUCAGCUGGUGGGCGCUCCCGAAGGUUUCAAUGUUACAAUCGAAUGUUUCACAGAAGCACAUCCAACCUCCCUGAAUUAUUGGACACGCGGAGAAGGACCAAUAAUACACGACUCCUACAAAUACAAGGUGGAAUCAAGUGUGGGUGUACCAGUUUAUAAAACUCAUAUGAGACUUACAAUCAUAAAUGUUGGUAGUGGCGAUGAUGGAAUUUAUAAAUGUGUAGCCAAAAAUCCACGUGGAGAAACAGAUGGUGUAAUUCGGUUGUAUGUUUCAUAUCCGCAGACUACUCUACCUCCAGGUCUGCUUUCAACGGAAGCACGUAGAGAUGGAUAUUUCGGCCAUGGAAGUGAAAGCUCACGAUCAAAUUAUGGUCAAGACAAAAGCACACGUUUUCUUUCAAAUUUGAACGAAAUCGGCUUGUCGGAGCAAAAAUCAUAUGCGGAUAAGAUAAAUAAUGGUUCAGACUCAAGUGGUAGACACGACGAUAAGCAUCAUUUAAGCCAUGGCGCAUUACGAAAUGUUCUUACCAAACAACUACUCUGGAUUGUUGCUUUGAUAUUAUUCAGACAAUGAUUUUGAAACUGAAGGAAUCUGUUAUUAUUCAAAUAUAUAGAUAUAUAUAUAUAUGUUCUACUACGUAGACAUACAUACACAUGUGUGUGCACUAAAUCGUAUAAUUUGAGGUUAUCCUUGCACUGCCUUCUUACUUUCGGACUGAGUGUUGUAUUCAAAUUUAGUUGAAACUGUUGGUUCCAUCGUUUACAUCAAAAUCAGAGAGUGAUUGUGAUAUAAAUUUCGGCUUCAAUAAUAGGUCAGUCCGGAUGAUGUCAAUAAAUUUCAAAAUUUCCGCAGCUUCAAAAUAUACUCUGACAGGAAAAAUAUUUUCUUUAUGCUCUAAUCUGUUAUUCAGGCCUAGGCGAAGUUGAGCAAUCUUAGAACAGAGGGUGGUCUCCGACUAAAUUUUCUGACUAUUGUGUCAAACUUCCUUUUCUUGCCCACUUACGCGUUUUAACAUGUACGAAGUUGUUCCCAAUCGCUUUAAUUUUAAUCUUUGCAUGCAAUCGAUAAUAAGUAUGUGACACAACAUCAACAUCGAUUACGAUAAGUAUAAUCCCUAAACAUAGCUAGCUUCCCCUGGAGUAGGAAGGCAAAAGAGUGCACUCAAUGAAUACACCGCUUUAUUGAUAUACUCAUACAUAUGAAACCAAAUUAAAACAUACAUAUACAUAUAUACAAUACAUAUCGCUGCCGCCACGUAAAAGCUGUUUUAAUAUUUAUUUUGAAGAAAACGAUGGAAAAAUCUCCACACACAGUGGUGUAAGCGAAAGAAUUUUUUUAGCUUUAUCGUUGGUAGUAGCUGCCGGUGAAAUCUUCUAACUUUCUUUUUCGUAUGUGUAUGUACAUAAUUAAGUACAAUAACCUACAGAGCUUAAGGCCAAUCAAAUAGAUUUCAAGUUGUAGUUCUCACUCUUUACCGUGGUGACGCUGAUCAUUUAUUUAUUUAUAUAUAAAUACCUCUAUAAAUAUACGAAUAUGCAAAAACUUGUAACUUUAUAUAUGUAAAUACUUUUAAUAUAUAAUCGAAGGCAAAAAUUAAUGAUAAAGUAGAUAAAAAAAUGAGUAAAUCAAUUAACACAGCGCUUAAUGCGCUUUAUGUUGCCUUUAGCGAGAAAACAUAUUGGGGUGAACACGCCUAAAAGUGCUCUAAGAAAGCUUAACAUAUCCCUAUGAUAAGAGUAAUGCUUAGCAGUACAUUCAUAUAAAUACAAUAUAUACAUACAUAAAUACAAUGUAAACAACUAAAUACCGACAUAUAUCUAUAUAAAUAUGCAUAAAUAUAUACGAAUUUAGCAUAAGUGAAUGUAAAAACAUACUACAUACAUAUAUAUUGUACUAUAAAACAAUUGAAGUACACAUUCAUACCUUGAA